GGCAGCGGCGCAUGCGCGGGCGGGCUUUGGUUGCCGGAUCCGUGGGUGAGGAGAGCGGCCAGAAGGAUAGAAGGUGGCAGUGCUGGCGUCUGAGGAGAGGCAGCUGAAGAGGGGUGGGGGGGUGGGGGGAAAGCGAUGAUGAUGGCUGCGAAAAAGGGCCAGGGUCCCGGCGGCGGCGAUGGCAGCGGGAAAGCAGAGGCGGAGGCGGCUUCGGAGGUGUGGUGCCGCCGGGUGCGGGAGCUGGGUGGCAGCAGCCAGGCCGGGAACCGCCACUGUUUCGAGUGUGCCCAGCGUGGGGUCACAUACGUGGACAUCACCGUGGGCAGCUUUGUCUGCACCUCCUGUUCUGGCCUCCUGAGAGGCCUAAAUCCCCCUCACCGAGUCAAAUCCAUCUCCAUGACAACCUUUACUGAGCCUGAAGUGAUGUUUCUUCAAUCUCGUGGAAAUGAGGUUUGCAGGAAGAUUUGGCUAGGCCUCUUUGAUGCACAGACCUCCAUAGUCCCAGACUCCAGGGACCCUCAAAAGGUGAAAGAGUUUCUUCAAGAGAAAUAUGAGAAGAAGCGAUGGUAUGUCCCCCCAGACCAAGUCAAGGGAUUGUCCUAUGCCAAAAGCAGCACCUCUACCCCUACCCAAGAUUCAACUUCAGAUGUAAAGCCCCUGAGGACACUUCUUGGGGACCCUGGGCCCUCUUCUGUUAUCUCCAGCACUAACCAGGCUCGGCUUUCCCAGCACCGGUGCUCUCAACCACCCUCCCUCCCUUCAGUCAAGAAAGCCAGCACUGACCUGUUGGCUGACAUUGGUGGAGACCCUUUUGCAGCUCCCCAGCCAGCAUCAAACUUUGCUGUCUUUGGGGGCCCGGGGCCUUCUCAUGGAGGCUUUGCCAACUUUGAUGCCUUUGGGAGCAGCCCUUUCUCCUCUACAAUGGGAGGUAUCCCUCCAGCUGGCCAGGCUUUGUUCCAGACACAGCCAAUACCCAUAGCCAGUCAGAUGCUUACUGGAAGUUACAGCUUUGGCAGCAGCCAGGUGACCCCAUUUGGUGCCUCUCCUCUUGUUCCUGCCAGCCAGCCAAGUGCCCUUUCAGAUAUGAGCAAUGUCUUGGGAACUGGAAUGUCAGCUGGUAGCGUUCCCAGCAGAGCCUUUGGGACUGUCAGCCAUGUCUCUGGACUCCACACUGCUGCUACUGGCAGUAAUAACAGCAGUGGUACUGGACUUGGAUUUGGGGCUUUCACCAACCCUUUCAUUGCACCGGCUCCUCACCCACAGUUGCCUUCCACCAACCCGUUCCAAUCCAAUGGCCUGGCCUCAGGACUUGGUUUGGGGAUGAACACUGUGGUUCCUAGCUUCUCUUCUGCACCAACCCCAGGUGGCUUCCCUGGAACUUUCUCUCCCAGUCUCUUCCCUCCACAAACGUUGCUGGUUCAACAGCAGAAUGGCUCUGGCUUCGUGGGGUUAGGAGCAGCCAAACUGGGGCAAAGGCCUGUGAGCCAUCCAGCAGGGAUCUCUACCAACCCCUUCAUGACUGGAUCCUCAUCAAGCCCAUUUGCCUCCAAACCUCCUCCUACGAAUCCCUUCUUGUAGCACAGUGCCCAGAGGGACAACAUCCUUCCUGCUCCCUCUACCCCCAAGUAUCCCUCUGUUCCCUAAAACCCUGGUGGCCACCUUUGUUUGUUGGCAUUACUGUGAUCUCAGCCCACAAUGGGGCAGAACUUGCCUUUCUCUGGGUGGUGGGAAUCAUGGAGAUAAUGAAAAUGUUAAUGCUUUGCUCUGGGCUUGAAGAUAAAACAAGAGUUCCAUGGCCAGUAGCCCUCUCCCAGAGCAAUGAGAACAGUGGGAAUGGUUACUAGAAGUGGUUGGCCCUGGUGUGUUUUAUUAUUCUAAAAUGUUUCCUUUUCUCAUCUCCCUUCUCCCCUAUAUACAUGGUUCUCCCUGUUCCUAAAGCCGUCUCCUGUGGAGAGAGUUAUAGGUGCAGGCUGAUACAAAUUUCUUCCUCUUAGUGCUCCAGUAUAACUGCUGGGAGGCUAAGUAAGAAUAGCUGAACCCAUAUGUGGAUCUUUCCCAUCAUGCCAAGAGGUCCUAUUCCCAGCCCAAACAGCCAUGGCUGCUGAAACCAGGCAUGGCAAGCACAUGGGAUAAGCAUUGAAUGGCACUAGAGUUGAAGCACCUUCAUCCCCUAGCUUCUUUCUGCAUAGCUGGGCACUUUAGCAAUCCUCCUCUCAACUUCCACAUCCCCAAAGAAAGCCGCCUUCUCUCUUGCACAAACCCCUAAACCAGUCACCCUGUCUACAAGCAAUGAGGGAAGGUUCCUGUCCCUCAUAUCAAAGCUGCUUUUCUCCUUUUCAGUUUUGUUUGCAAAAGCAUUUUAUCAAUUUAACCCUUUAGCCUCUUCCCCUCUCCUCCCAAAACUCAUGUCAGGCACUUUAGUUAACAACUGUUAGUUUCAAUGUUUGGAUACCAGUGUUUUGUAAACACACUCAGAGUUUUCUAAUAUAGCCUAUUAUAUAUAUAUAUAUAUAUACACACAUAUAUAUACAUGCAUAUAUAUGAUACCUAUAAUCUAUACAACCACCCUUCUGUACACUUUGUCCCCAAGAGUCACCAGGUAACUGAUAUUUAUGGGUAGUGAAGGAAUUCCUUAUCUACUCUGACCAUCCCUCCCUCAGCUGUGAUGGGAAUUCAUGGUCACUCCCAGCCUUACCUCCUGGACUUCCACAGGGGAGAGAUUUUUGUGCAGUUGCUGCUUUGUUUUUUCAUACUUCCUGUUCUGCCCUGACUUUGAUUCUUGCACUAAAGUUCAUCAAAGGCAUUGUUGGAAAAGAACUUUGAUUUGAAAGAAAAAGAAAAAAUUGCUAUUGCUGCUUAUGGUCUGGCUUUUUGGGGCCCUUGGUUUCACAUACCAGCAAACUUGCCUGAUUAGCUUAAAUUAGUUUUUUUUUUUUGUCCAGACAAUAGCAUCAUCUAUGAACUAGCACAGGCCUUCCUGGCAAGGUGACUCCAAAGAGAGAGUUGAGACGGAAUGGAGGGUAGGACUUGGUAUGGUUGUUUCUCCUAUACUGGGGGAAAGAUAGGCAGGAAUGAGGACUGUCAUUCAUUGCUUUAGUGUUGAAUUAGCUCAUACCUAACCAGACUACCAAGGCAUUCCCAUAACAUCCCUGACAACCAACUCAGGCAAGCACAGCUGCUUAUACUUUCUAGUCUGUUGUGUUAUAUCAACAGCUCUGGAGGCUGAGCUGUUUGUAUGGGGACAUGGAUAUCUGCUUAGGGUAAACUUUCUACUCAGACUGAAACAGUUAUGACCUUGCUAUUUGGGACAAUAAUGUGAUGAGAUGAGAGGAUUUGCUACUUAGUUUCCCUUCUCUUUAUUUGUGGGUAUAGUUGGGUCUUUGACUGUCAGUAGCACUAGAGGUUUAGGAGAUUAUCUACUAAGAUUACCUACUAAAGUUUGGGGAAGUUUUCUGGGGAAAUGCUUUUAGUUGAGUGUAAUUUUACCUAGCUAGGUCAAUCUCACUUUAUCCUUGUUGAAAAGCAGAAACCAGAUUCUGUUGUCCUCUUAAAUUUCUAACAUUUCUAACUUUCCUCUAUCCCCAGCUCCUGACCAUACCCAUUAAAACUGGUUUUGAUAGGGAGGAAAUGGGAAAUCUAACCACUGAGAAACUUAUGUCUUCCUGGGACCCAGAAGUCAUACUCCUCAUACCUCUCUUCCCACCCUCCCCUUUUUGUAAAGAUCUACUUGCCAGUAUGGGCAGCUAUGCCUAGUCAAGCUGGGACUUCUCCCUAAAGACCCAGACUGGGAAGCAAAUUAGGCGUACACCCGGGCCUGAGGCCCGUCCUCCAUUCCCAUAGCUAGCUCCCAGGCAAAAGUGGAAAAUGAAUUGAGGGCUACUUUGCCCAAGCCCAAUGAAUUUCUCCUUUAGGGAGAAAACCUACGGGAGUAUUAAGGACACCUCACACCAUCAAUGUUGGUUUGAAAAUUGAUCUUGAUAUUCUCUCCCAUUUUGGCUUUUUUCUUCCCAUCUCUUCUCAUGUUCCUGUACUUUUUCCCUUUUUUUUCUCCUCUCACUGGCCUUGUUUGGGUGCUUUUGAGGUAGUAAGGGAGCCAAGAACCUGGUUGGCAUUGCUGUGUGGUGAGAACUAUCCUCUCAUAGACUUGUUUUCCCAUAACUUGAAUGCUACCUUUUCCUCCCCCAUUCUUCUAUUACCAAGGAAAAUCCUCCAAAAAUCACUUCUGGUUGGAACUAAUUUAGAGAUCUUGAGAUGCCUUUGUCAGAUUCUUUCCCUGGUGCUUAGUGCCCUAUGUUCAGUGGCCCCCUCCAACAACUCCAACAGAGAAAACCCUGGCCAGUAUUCAGCCAACUCUGUGGUCAUCUUUUCUCCAUUCUGUUUCCAGGACCCUUAGCUAUUUCAGGACAGAUAGUCAUAGGUGAAAGGGCUAAGUCAGCCACAGAUCCCAAGGCAGGAAAAUUAAAGUUGCUUUAGGAAGAGUGAAACCAAGGACCUCAAAUGCUUCCAAUCAACCCUCUCCAUUCCUAGCCUCAUUCCUUAUCUCUCCAGUGGGAACACUGUUUCUGAUCCUGUCACUGACCUAGGAUGAGAGGGGCAGCUCUAGGUGUGGAACCUGGAGAUUUGUUUUUUUUUUUUAUUUUGAAUUUAACACCAAAAAAAAAAGGAUCUCUGUAUAUGUAAGGAUUUUGCAUAUGAAACUAUGAAUCUAUCCAUACUGCUUGCUUUUUAAAAAUGUAUAUAAUAAAUUUGCAUUACUUUCAAA